GACAUAGCCUUUCAUCACACCUGGAGAGGACUUCCUCCUCUUCAUCAGUCAAGAAAUCACGGCACUUCAGAUCCGGCGAAUUACACAGCACAUUGGCCGUCGGGCCCAUAAGUCUGGCUGGCAUACAGUGUAAGCGACGGCUGCGGGACUUUCUUGAUACACUAGACUUGAUCUCGAAAAAGCCCAACACGACCACGUGUUUUCGCAUAUCGUGCAUCUCGUUAUUUACAAAACCCCGCAGAUAUGUUUAUUCAGACCUUACCUAAAGUCUAUAUGAGCCCCGACGCCAUCCACAAGGCAAAGACCCAUCUGUGCAGUGCUCCAAUGACGACUACCUGAGAUGACAUGGCGUCCAUCACGAACACUGACCCCAAUGACCCCAGUCUGUCAGGGCAUGACCACUUAUGCUCCGUCCGGCGCCCAGUCGAGGCCUCAAGCACCAAGCCGACGCGCAUCAGGGACAACGCGACUGUGGUCUUCGUGCCUCAGUUUGGACAAACCAAAAGAGAACAAGAACUUCAGCUUUCCUACGUCAAGUCUUAUGCUGCUAGACUCGGCCAUUCAAAGCGCAAAGCCCGAAAGUCGACACAUGCACAAGAGCCAGCCACGGGCAAUGAGGUCCCGUAGACUAUCGCCGCUGGCACUUCGAAGUUUGGAGCAUACCUAUCAGAUUGUGUGGCCAGGAAACUUCCCCACAAUCAGGGGUCCGGCACUGCGCUCCUUGAUCCAGUUGUGGAGACGCACAACUGUACAAUCGGACCUGGCUUUCCAUACGCACGUUGCACAGGCGGCCAGCGUGUGCUACUUGCUGUCCACAGAUCCUGAGACCAAGGACAAUCUGAUGAAAGUUCGAAUCAAUCAUCAAUAUACCUCGACCAAGUUGGUCAGGGAAACCAUUGCAGCUCUGUCCGGACCUGCAUCAGAUGAUUUGAUCGAAAGCAUCCUGCGACUCGCAGCCAAUGGCGUGAACAUCAUCGAAACGCCAAUUGUAACUAAAUAUCCUGAGUCGCCUAUGAUGGAAUGCAUGCGCCACCCAAAGCUGUAUGGCCGUUUUGAGCCCGCCAUGCCGCAUUUUUUCGUUCUGCGUCAUCUCGUCGAGACAAGAGGUGGUCUGGACGCACUGGCUCCAGCCACCUCUCAGCCACUCCAAGUGUGCAGCCUUGCGAUGGCGAGCGUACACGGUGUUCGUCCGCUCUUUGAACCCUUACGUACCUACCGAUAUAUGUCGGACAAUUUGCGAUUCAACUUCGACCAGGAAGCAAAGCAGCUCCUGUUGGCCUUGGGCGAAGGUUGGCUUGAAAUGCAGGAGAGUCAACCACUGGUCUACAGACUCGGGCGACGAGCCGCUUUGUUGACCGCAGCCCUUGAACAGACUAUGCGUGCGGCACCAGGACACCUAUCAUACGCUGAAAUCUGCGUGUCAGCAUUCAUGCUCCAGCAUGACCUCUGCGUCACGAACCCUUCGUCAAGCUUUGGUGAGGCCGCCGCAGAGAGUGGAGAUGAGGUUUCCGAUAUAUGCAGACUGGGUUUGCAUAUAUACUUCGAGGUAGUGCUAUUUACGGCAGUCGGAGUGUAUGCUGCAAAGCCCAGACUUGCGACUGAAAUGCAGGUGGCGUUGACUCGAAUUCAAAACAGGGAAGAUACGAGUCAGUACUCCAAACUUAUCCUGUGGGCUGUUUUCAUGGGUGCUGUUGCGGCCGAAGACGAUCCCAAGCUUCGAGAUUGGUACUUGGUUCGGUUCGAUCAGCUAGUCAUCCAACAAGACCUGGGUUGGCUUGCAUUGAAGCGGAAGUUGACUGGGUAUCUUUGGUGGGAUUUCACUUUCGAGAAACGGACCAGAGAUAUUUGGAGGGAUGCAUGCGACAAGACAAUCGACGGAGGGCGCUGAUCGAGCUUGCUUGAGACGCAUGCCAACAUGAAACUGCUCGACUUGAAGAUACCAGUCAUUUUGCGCUGCUGUUUGGGAAAUAAUCUCGCCGGAAUGUAAUCAGUCCCUAAAGGCAGGAGUCGACAACCAUUUUACGAAAAGAGACCCAUCAGAGCCGAGGCAAGGAAUUUG